GAGGACCACAGAAUGCACACGGAGGGAGAGAAGGAGGAGUGGAAAGUGCUGUGCUGCCGGAGGGGGCGUGGCUUCCAUGGGGCGGUGCUGUCUCCUAGGUAACGACGCAGGCGUCAGGAGUGCGGAGCGCUUUGAAGGCCUGACGGAGGACGCUGCCUAUAUUUUGUUUGUCACAGGUAUUGAUUGUACCAUUCAGUCGAAGUUAUGGGAUUAUUUGACAAGCUGGCAGGCUGGCUUGGCCUGAAGAAGAAGGAGGUUCAUGUUUUGUGCCUUGGAUUGGAUAAUAGUGGCAAAACAACAAUUAUCAACAAACUGAAACCAUCUAAUGCUCAAGCUCAAGAUAUUGUUCCCACAAUAGGAUUUAGUAUAGAAAAAUUCAAGACCUCAAGUUUGUCAUUCACUGUGUUUGAUAUGUCGGGUCAAGGAAGAUACAGAAAUCUUUGGGAGCACUACUACAAGGAUUGCCAAGUAAAAUGGGCAAAAGAUUUGGGUCAUAACAUUCUUACAAAACAAUGGGAGGAAAUUUGGAACACUAAAUUAAAAUAUACAGUAGCUACAGACCUAAAAGAAAAUUGGCAUAAAAUGUUUUUUAGAUGGUAUUACUCUCCAGAGAAAAUUGCCAAAUUUAGCAAAACCGCCUCCAACAAGUGUUGGAAGUGUCAAAAAGAAAUAGGGACAUUCUACCACCAAUGGUGGGGAUGUAAAAAAAUUAAGAAAUACUGGAGAGAAAUUCAUUUAGCAGCACAAAAAAUCCUAAAAACAAAUUUUCCACAGCUCCCAGAAAUGUACCUAUUAGGCAUAUCCUAUUCCAAAUUUAAUAAAAACCAGGAAAAAGUUCUCUUUCUGAUCAGCACAGCGGCCAGGAUACUGUUAGCCAAAAUGUGGAAGCAAAAAGAUACCCCGACAAUAGAAGAUUGGAUUAUAAAGACACUAGACAUAAUACAAAUGGAUUGUUUAUCCAAACAUUUAAACAAUUCAACAAAAAGGACAGACUGGGAGGGUUUCAAAGACUUUAUUAAAGAAAAAAAGAUGACUAUGAUAAUAGACAUAUCCAGCAUCUGAAGAAAAUCAAUAGACGGAGACAGCGCCGGAAAAGUCAUAGAAACACGGACGAAACCAACACCAGAAGGGAAAGGUUUCGCUUUGAAGACUUUGGGAAGU